UAGAUUUUGGGAGGAAUGUGAAGCAGAGAAGAGAUGGGAGCUACCUGUACUACAAGGAGAAGAAAAGGACUUCCAAUGUCGUUGGGGAAUCAAAACCUUAACAAGCCCUCACCGGUUAAUUGGUCAAAUCUCUGGCUGAAGAAAGAAACAUCAUGUCGUUUUUGCUUCCAUACACCAACGUUCCUUGUCCAACAAACGCCUACCCAGUCCGCUACCACCUCUGGACGAUGCCACCGUUGAUUCUGCUCCUUUACAACUAUCCACCAACACCACCAAAACCAUGGCUUGUGAUUUCCCCCAAAUUGUUGUAUCUAAUGAUCUCACUUCAAUCUUUUCUGAUGAGAUACUCCUUCAUAUCCUCUCGAAACUUUCAGAAAAAUCACAAAGGAACUCGAAUUAUUUAGGCUCAAAAUGGUGGUUGAAUCUCCAAGGUCGCUUGGGGAUUGAUCGAGAUCCUGAUAUUGAUGAGCACUUGGGGUUUUGCCCAAUGCUUGAAAGAUUGCAUUUGGAGAGAUGCCAGUUAAGAAUUAAGCAAAGUGUCCGGGUGUUGUUUUAUAUAUGUCAAGAUGUGCACGAAGUUGUUUUCAAGAAUUGUUGGGGAUUUAAUGAUGGCAUGUUCUUCCAUGCAAAUCUCUGCAGGAGGCUGAAGUUUGUCUAUCUAGAAGGAUGCUCAAGGCUAACAACACAAGGUCUUGAGGCUGUGGUGCUUUCAUGGAAGGAGCUCGAAAGCCUCAAAGUCAUAUCAUGUAAAAACAUAAAGGGUGACAAAUUUACUCUUGUGUUAUUCGCCUUAUUUUCUGCUCUUAAAGAGUUCUAAUGGUGCCCAGGUAACACAUCUCUUCAGUCAACAAGCCUCUCUGAUUCUGGUAUGGGAAAACAAGGCGAUAAAUUCUUCAAAUAGAUUCAAAUCUGACCGUUUGAAACUGGGAGGUUGCAUGUCUUUAAUAUGAAGCAGUUCA